AAAAAAAAAAAAAAUUGAGGCUUUAGAACUACUUUAAUGUGUUAUGCUGAAAAAUGCUGAAGGUUGCCGUUCAUAAACGGCACCCGCCUUUUCUAGCUGUGCGCGCUCCCUGGGAGCAUGCAGCACCGCGAUCCGGUGCCCGCUGUGUCCUCCGGACACAGUGAAACACCGAUCGUCGGACGGGACCUCUGUGUGAGGUCCCGAUCAUGUGAUCACUGAUUGGCCAAUCAGUGAUCACAUGCAAAGUAGUAAGCAAGAUGUCACUU